UUCGAAUGCAGUUUCAUCUCCUUUUGGUAUAAACAUCAGGCCAUUUUUGUCUGGGGAGCUCUUUUUGCAUAAAACAGGACUGCUUCUUUAUUUUAAAAGGCACACUAUUUUUAGUUUUUCUUUUUUUUUUUUUUUUUUCACACACUUUCUUUUCAUAACUCAUAAAAAACAAAUAUGACUCUUAUUACCGAAUUACGACCUAUUGACCUUAGUCUUGCGGAGACGAAGCCUGCAUUAAUCGCGGUCAGCCCUACUGUUUCUAUCCAGACUGCCUUAAAUACGAUGUUGACACACAAGAUCACGUCACUUCCCGUGUUCUCUCACAAUAGCACGGAAGUGGUAAGUAUUGUCAACUUGUUUGAUAUCUUGUUGUACCUGGUAGGGGAAAUCGAUGGUCAUUUUAUUGAGAAGGAGAAAUUGAAAUUACAAGAUCCUGUUGAGCGCGUCUUGGGACUGGAUAGCGAGCGAGAAAGUUAUCGUAUGCAUAAAAUGGACCGCAAAGACAAGUUACUGGAGACACUACGUGCGUUUGCGUCGGGUAAGCAUCGUUCGCUUGUAGUUAACUAUAGCAACCAAACCAAGAAUCCUUGGCUUUUGUCUCAGACAGAUAUCAUUCGACAUAUCGUAAACCACCCCGAUUCUGUGUCCGGCUUACUUGAUUUGGAUAAGCCCUUACAAGACUUGGACCUGAUUUCCAAACAAAAGUUAGUCACAGUACCUGAUACAGAGAGUGCCCUUCAAGUAUAUCGUCUCAUGGCCGAAAAGAACUUGAGUGGUGUACCCGUCAUCAACGAUGCUGGUAACUAUGAAGGUGAUCUUAGCGUUGAGGAUUUACCUAGUGCCAAUUUAGAAAAUAUCGGUCAACUGACUUUACCAUGCAAAGACUACAUAAAGAUCACCACCAACCAUAUCAUCCCUGCUACUGCUACUCCUGACACGACUUUAAAGCAAAUCAUUGAUGUCAUGAUGAAGGAAGAUACCCAUCGUGUUUGGAUCUUACAGUCGGCGGAUGCUAAGAAAGUCAUUGGUGUUGUGACCAUGUCUGAUAUCAUGGGACUUUUAUGUGCAAAUAGUCCACCUUCACUCUUUUAAAUAUUCUUUUUUUUUUAUUAUUAUGAUACAACUGUUUUUUUUAACCUUGAUGUUUAUCCAUCAAAGCAAUGGCCACAGAGCCAAGUGUUUGUCUGAUAUAUUCACGUUCAACAUCAUGACCUGAGUAAAAGGUUUAUAUAAGUAUUACCGAAAUAAAAUCAAUAAAUAUAAAACUUACUGUCUUCAACUUCUCCCCAACG